AUGGAUAUCCUAAUUAACAAUUAUCGCUCGUCAACAUUGAAAUGUGGAGCUAAUGAGUAUGAUAUUCUUUUAUAUGUUAAGGAUGUAAAUUCGUUCACAUUUUUAUUCGGCAAACAAAAAUGGCCACUUCAAAUUGGUGGAGAAAAUUUUAUUUUUCCCUCAACACCGUCAAUUCCUCCACAACUUGCCCUCAUUAUCAAAAAUGUUGAUCUUAGGGUCGACAUAAACGAACUAUCAGGGGAUUUAAAAGCACUUUUUCCAGAAAUUUAUAACGUGGUGAGAUUAAAAAAUAAAUUUCAACAGGAUAUUAGAAUGGUUAAAGUGGAAUUUGUAUCGGCUACGAUCCGUGAUGAUAUCUUAAACAGUGGUAAAAUUAAUGUUAAUUUUAGAAGUUAUGAUAUUGAAGAAUAUCUUGCGCCAGCAUGUGUUUUGAUUUGCUCAAGAUGUAUGGGAACAGGGCAUUUCAAAAAGCAAUGUACUCAAUUAAAUGAAACAUGUAAAAUUUGUGGACAAUCUUCUCUCGAUCUAAAACAACACAUUUGUACAAUGCAACCAAAAUGUGUUCACUGUGCUGGGAAUCAU